CAGUAAUCUUAUCUAAAAAGGACCGUUGGCCACAUUUGUACAGACCAGAGCUGAGAAAACACAAAGUGCAGGAGAUGAAAAUCAGAUAGAAUGGAGGUUAAUGACAACACAUCCGCCGAAGGGGAGAGUCAAUCUACAAGGAAAAAUGACACUUACAUGACAAAUGAUGAAGCCAUAGAACAGAAAAGGAAAGCUAACAAUAAGAGCGAUGCAGCGGUGGCUCUUCUUGACAUUCAACAAUCAAGCAGUUGUGAUAAAAGCACAGAUGGGACGAUAACUCUUACAGCUACACCAGCUGCAAGCAAGGACAAAGUGUUGCGUGACCUCACACUUGUGUUAAUUGGGGAAGCAGAUUCAAUAGAUGUUGGGCCAAACAAUCUUUUCUUCAACCAUGACAAAGAAACACAGUUGGAAGAGUUUUCAUCUAACCUGUAUGAUCUGUGUGGGCGGCACAUCUCUGUCAUUAACAUGCUUGGUCUUCAAAAUAAUGUCGACAUCCCAUUAUAUCAGUCUGUUCAUGCCUUCGUCCUGCUGAUAAGAAAUGGCCAGCAUAUAAGCCAGUACACUACAGGAAUGCUGUGGUUAAAGAAGACAUUUGGGAAAGAGAUCAUACAGAAUGUAAUGACAGUUGUUACCUAUAAUGCUGGUGAGAAAUGUGAAAGUGCAUUUCAGGACCUGAAAAGUCUGAACAACUUUUCUGAAAAAAGAUACCACACAUGUAUAAGAAGUAUGACGGAUGCCAGAGAGAUAAUGAGUCUUUUGGAGAAAAUCGAUGACAAUCUCUCUAAAAAAGAUCCAGAAUACUACUGUAGACAACGCCCUAGACAAAAUGGAGACCAGAAGAAGGAACCUGAUGAUGUGCCACAUAAGGAAAAAAUGCAGAAAGAAGACAAAAUAGAACAUGAAGUUAAGUGUGAUCAACUGAAGGACCAAGCUGUUGCUGAACAAUCUGAACAGUCAGAUGACACCAGACAAGGACAGUCUGCAAAAAGUACUGUUCCAUGUGAACCAAAGGAGGAAGGAGAAAAAAUAGAGGUUGAACCUGAACUUAAGUUUGAUCAACUGAAGGACCAAGCUGUUGCUGAACAAUCUGAAAAGUCAGAUGACACCAGAGAAGGACAGUCUGAAAUAAGUACUGUUCCAUGUGAACCAAUGGAGGAAGGAGAAAAAAUAGAGGUUGAACCUGAACCUAAGUUUGAUCAACUGAAGGACCAAGCUGUUGCUGAACAAUCUGAAAAGUCAGAUGACACCAGAGAAGGACAGUCUGAAAUAAGUACUGUUCCAUGUGAACCAAAGGAGGAAGGAGAAAAAAUAGAGGUUGAACCUGAACUUAAGUUUGAUCAACUGAAGGACCAAGCUGUUGCUGAACAAUCUGAAAAGUCAGAUGACACCAGAGAAGGACAGUCUGAAAUAAGUACUGUUCCAUGUGAACCAAUGGAGGAAGGAGAAAAAAUAGAGGUUGAACCUGAACCUAAGUUUGAUCAACUGAAGGACCAAGCUGUUGCUGAACAAUCUGAAAAGUCAGAUGACACCAGAGAAGGACAGUCUGAAAUAAGUACUGUUCCAUGUGAACCAAAGGAGGAAGGAGAAAAAAUAGAGGUUGAACCUGAACCUAAGUUUGAUCAACUGAAGGACCAAGCUGUUGCUGAACAAUCUGAAAAGUCAGAUGACACCAGAGAAGGACAGUCUGAAAUAAGUACUGUUCCAUGUGAACCAAAGGAGGAAGGAGAAAAAAUAGAGGUUGAACCUGAACCUAAGUUUGAUCAACUGAAGGACCAAGCUGUUGCUGAACAAUCUGAAAAGUCAGAUGACACCAGAGAAGGACAGUCUGAAAUAAGUACUGUUCCAUGUGAACCAAAGGAGGAAGGAGAAAAAAUAGAGGUUGAACCUGAACCUAAGUUUGAUCAACUGAAGGACCAAGCUGUUGCUGAACAAUCUGAAAAGUCAGAUGACACCAGAGAAGGACAGUCUGAAAUAAGUACUGUUCCAUGUGAACCAAAGGAGGAAGGAGAAAAAAUAAAGGUUGAACCUGAACCUAAGUUUGAUCAACUGAAGGACCAAGCUGUUGCUGAACAAUCUGAAAAGUCAGAUGACACCAGAGAAGGACAGUCUGAAAUAAGUACUGUUCCAUGUGAACCAAAGGAGGAAGGAGAAAAAAUAGAGGUUGAACCUGAACUUAAGUUUGAUCAACUGAAGGACCAAGCUGUUGCUGAACAAUCUGAAAAGUCAGAUGACACCAGAGAAGGACAGUCUGAAAUAAGUACUGUUCCAUGUGAACCAAAGGAGGAAGGUGCACCACAAGUGGUUUCAAAUAAUCCUCAAAACAAGUCUUUUUGCAAUCCUUCUGAGGAAAACAGAAAGAAAUGUCAAAAAGAAACUGAAAAACUUCUCAGAAGAAUUCACCUCCAAGACCAACAUCAACAUCAACAGAUGCUUUCAUCAGAGAACUUUGUUAAAAUAGGUCAACCUAUGAAACAGACAAAUGAGAUAUUUGAGAAAGAUCUAGUGUGUGCUUUUCUUCACAGAUUAAUGGUGUUAGAUUACAGAGCAAGAUACAUCCCUGUACAGGCAGAAAACUCAGAUUUAAAUAAUUCACAGGCUUUUCCAGUAUCUGAAACUGCUGUUACAGAUGAUGAUGACUUAGACACUCUUUUUAUAUCUACAUCCGAUUUAGAUCAGUCAAAAGAGAAUCGUAUACACCCAAUGGACAUUCAAAUGGCAGUAUUUCACUGCUCGGACAGCUUACUUAAACAGAAAAUUAUCACAAAGCUGUCACAGUGCCAGUAUGCCUUACCUUUGCUUGUUCCUGAUCCUGCCUCAACAAAUAUUGAGUGUCCUCUGUGGACAUUCAGACAAAUAACAAAAACGUGGAAAAUAAGCACAAUUAAGGCAAAUUCAACCACUGUCACAAUGAAGAGCAUGCCAAUCUACAAAGCCGAGACUCCCAUGGUUUCAUUUUUCCGAUUGGGCUCCAUGUCUUUGUCCAAAUCUCAGCUGAUGAAUGCUAUGAUCAAUGACCGCCACAACACAUUCUUCCACAGAAACAGUCCAGGCAGCACCAAAUCUCGUCAUCUGAUGGAUGGUGUGGCAGAGAUUGCAUGGUACUGCCCUGCUGGAAAACCCAAUGAUUUCUUUAAUGACUGCAUUGCCUUCUGUAAUCUUCAUGGGGAUUCUCUAGCAAUCGUAAAGCAGCGUGAAAUACUGACUGAAAUGUCUUCAGUCAUUGUCGUUCUUGUACCAACUUUGGGAAAAUGCCAGGGAAGUAGUGGAGUCAUUUCAAUGCUUUACAAAUCUUCAAAGCCACUGAUUAUUCUCAGUGCUGACAAUGAGUGUGGCGCAGUUCAAAUGAAACCACAAAAAUACAAACUGGGUCUGAAAGAAAGAAGCCAGUCAGAUGUUUCUGAAGAACUGAAAAAGAUUAUAAGAAGCAUUUUGUCAGGACCCCACACUUCUUUCCAGCUUGAAACUAUGGCCAAAGUCUCUGGAGUCAAAGUGGAUGAAGAUGCGAAGGACUGCCUGAAUGGAAAAUCGUUAGCCAUGGAACUAGUCAAAAUGAUUGAAAGGAUGGAUAUUGCCAAAAUAAAAGAUACAUUCCUUCCCUGCCAAGGCCAACUUUGGCAUGAAUGGUGCAAAAUAAACAAAGAAUUACAUCAUCUAAAGGGACACAUUGAGAAAGAAAAGGGCCAGAAGAAUAAUAAGCUGAUGGAACUAAGAAAGAAACAGUGUGACGUGUCCAAUAGUCAACUGAUGAGGUUGUUCAUUAAGAGCCUCAAGGGUUUGCAACCAGAUGACAGAGAAUACUUCUUAAAAUGGACUCAGAUCCUGAUAGAUGCCCUCUCAACGGAUGAUCUGUCUUCAAUUCUCCAAAACUAUGAUGAAACAUGGUCAGAGGUCUUGGUUCUAAAGAGGAAACAUGACAAAUCUGUUCAAUUAAAAGACAAGCAAACUAAACUUGAACAGUUAUCAAAAAAGCUCCAAUCAGCAACCUUUGGUCUGGAGCACAUGUUCAGAGAAAUGGGACAGAUCUACGAAGCCCAUAAAUCUCUCAAGAAACAAUCACUGGGCCAUCAGACUGAAUGGUCUAAAUACCCUGAGCUAGCUGCAGACCUGAUGAUAAAGGGACACCCGAUGGAGUUGAUGGAUGGUGAUGCAGGUCACGUACCUUUAAUAUGGAUCUCUAGUCUUUUACAGGAAGUCAUCAAGAAACUGGGUGACAAGAGAGUCUUUGUGCUUUCAGUUUUGGGCGUACAAAGCAGCGGAAAGUCAACAAUGCUGAAUGCCAUGUUUGGAUUGCAGUUUGCAGUAAGUGCUGGGAGGUGCACCAAGGGUGCCUAUAUGCAACUGGUUGAGCUGUCAGAGGAAAUAAAAAAAGACUACAAGUUUGACUAUAUUCUAGUUGUGGACACAGAAGGGCUACGUGCUCUAGAGUUAGCAGGUAAUGCCAGCCUCCAUCGUGACAAUGAACUUGCAACAUUUGUUGUUGGAUUGGGAAACAUGACAUUGAUCAACAUCUUUGGUGAGAAUCCAGCAGAGAUGCAAGAUGUACUGCAGAUCGUUGUGCAGGCUUUUAUGAGAAUGAAGAAAGUCAAACUUUCACCAAGCUGUGUGUUUGUUCAUCAAAAUGUCACAGAUAUUGGAGCAGCAGAGAAAAACAUGGAUGGAAAAAGACGACUGCAGGAAAAACUGGACAAGAUGGCUCAACUUGCUGCCAAAGAGGAAGUGUGUGAUGUUGAGUGCUUCAGUGAUGUCAUUGCAUUUGAUGUGCAAAAAGACGUGAAAUACUUUGCUCAGCUAUGGGAGGGAAGUCCGCCAAUGGCUCCACCAAAUCCAGGGUAUAGUGAGAGUGUCCAGGAACUGAAGACCAUCAUCCUGUCUAAGGCCUCACGGUCUAAAGGAAUCACUUUGUCACAUUUUAAUACCAAAGUUCAGGACCUGUGGAACGCCUUGAUGAAUGAACAUUUUGUUUUUAGCUUCAAAAAUACCCAAGAAAUUGCGGUUUUCAGAAAACUGGAGGUCCAAUAUGGGAAUUGGACUUGGGCCCUGAGGAGUGAAAUGCUGAUCAUUGAAAACCAACUUUAUCCCAAAAUUGAAAAAGGCCAACUGGACAAAGUUGAGCUCAGUUACCUUUUCAAAGAAAUGAGCAAAAGGUACAAAGAAAUAACACAAGCUAUUGUGGCCUACUUUGAAGAUGAUAAAGACAAAGAAAUGUUGGUUCAGUGGCGGGGCCGAUUUGAAAGUAAAAUCAAAGAGUUUCAUGAGGAACUCGUGAGAGGUGUGAAAAGAAAACUGGAUGAAGUUAUCCAUCAAAAAAAUGCUCGAAAAAAGCUUGACAACAAGAAGACAGAAUUUGAAAACAAGCUGUUCCAGAAAAGCAAAGAGCUUGCUCACGAGUUAAAAUGUAUCGCGGGAGAUGAAGAGGAUCUAAAAGCGCAGUUCAACACUGUGUGGGGCACCUGGGUUAAGGAAUUAACCUCAGAUACAAAACCCAUUGAAGACAUAAACUUGGAGGAAGAUCAGUUAAUGGUCCUUCGAGAUCUUGGUGUUGAAUAUGGACUUAUUGACGAGUCAAUAAACAGCAAGAAAUACAAAUGUCUAUCAGAAACUGGGAACUACUUUGGUUAUAUUACCCAAAGGAAGUAUAAAAAACUUUGUGAUGAAACCCAACAACCUCAGGAAAAAAAGAAAGAAGCAGACAGAGACAAAGGCAAACAAACCAAAUCCUUUAUGGCCUAUUUAAAAGAAUGGCUAGGAAUGGCACCAACAACACAGCAACAUGUAGAAGAACAUAAAUCAAAGAACCCUUUUGAGUACAAAGAACAGAAAAGGAUCAGAUCAUUUAUCAAAAAUGUUGAAAAAGAAUGUCUGGAGUCCAUGAAGAGUAAACCUAUCGCAACAAGAGGUUACAGCGCAACCUACUUGCAGGAACUUGCCAAAACUAUUAAACAAAGAGUGAGCGAGUUUGAGUCAGGGAGGAAAUUUACAUUCAAGAAGGAGUUUACAGUUGAUCUUUCACUGUAUGUUUUUAACAUGGCAGAAAGCUGGCUCUUACAUUCACAUAAGCUAUAUAAAAAUAACAAUUAUGUGCUCACUUAUCUGGAUAGCAAGAAAAGUGAAUAUUACAACAUUUUCAGAAGCCUCUGCAAAGGAAGCUCCUCCGCUGUUGUGUUAGGAGAAAUGAUUUGUAAAAAUCUCAAAGUCUCUGCUGUUGAGGCUGUGAGUAACAAGACAGCUGUUGAUAUUGCUGGAGAGAUGAGGUGCAGUCUUCCAGCUUUCAGUGAGAACAGACUGAACUUAGAGAAACAUGUGCUAGCAUCUCUGGCAGAGAAAGAAAACUUUAACAGCUUUAUCACCUACAUCCGAAAUCCAAGAAAGCAAAUAGAGGCUUUUAUCGAAGAAGAAGUGAAGAAAUACAUGUUCACUGCACAAAAAGGUAACGCCCAGGCUAUUCUCAAGAAAAAUACAGAAGACAUCACCAGGCUCAUCAGCCAGGCUUUGUUUGACGCAACAGAGAAACUUAACAAGAAGAAAGGAGACGUAGAAACAUGGGUGGAGGAAUUUUCCAGUAAAUUAGAACCAAACCUGACACUUGAAACCAUUAGUUGUCAAAACUUCACAGACAUAAACAAUUUUGACUUUCUUAAAGAAGAAAUAGAGAAAGGCCUCAAACUCAUUAUAAAGGAGAUGAGCAGUCUCUCCCUGACUGAGGUGAAUGAUUGCAGACAGAAGCCUGAACAAAUCCUCAUUGAUCAGUUGUGCAACUGCUGCUGGGAAAGAUGUCCAUUCUGCGCUGCCGUUUGCACCAACACUCUGAAGGACCACAGUCCCGGGAAGCACAGUGUUCCUUUUCAUCGACCCUCUGGAAUUGAAGGUUGGCAUGUAAGAGGAAAAGUUGACCUUGUUAUUGAUUUCUGCACCACAUUAGUUGCAAGUGAUAGAAGCUUUUACCCUGAUUCUGACUCAGAGGUGACAGUUCCUUUUAAACAGUAUCCAACUGCUGGAGAAAAAUAUGCUUCAUGGAGCAUUACAGCUGAUGCCUCUAUGCUGGCCUACUGGAAAUGGUUUGUCUGCCACUUUCAAACAGAUCUGGAAAACUACUAUAAGUUGAAAUUCCAGGGUAAUGGGGAAAUUCCCCAGGAAUGGAAACAAUUCAGCAAAAAAGACGCCAUUGAAAGUCUAAAUGAAAUGUGUAGUUUGUGAGAAAUCGGCAGCUACUCUUCAAGUCAAUUUUGAACGAUGUAUUCAUUGUGAUGUUUUCUAACAAACUUGUGUUUGUUAGAAAACAGUUUGGUCUAAGUGUGUGGAAGUAUUUGUAAAUCACUUAAUGGUGUUUUCAUAAAUUAGCAUUUCAAAUGUGUUCUCAGUGAAGAUAGUACGCACAUAGAACGCAAAAUUAAAAUGUUUUCUUCUCUUAUUAAACUUGAUCCUAAUAAAUGUUAAAUGAAAUAUAAUAAAAAUUAGUUUAUACAAGGAAUCUAUACAAUUAGCUUUAAUAAGCAGUGACAAUGAUAUUGGUAUGAUGAAAGUUUUUUUAAAAAGGAGCUGCUGUAUGUGAAUUGUUGCUCUUUGUUGGACUCUGUGAUAAAACGUAUUCAUUGGUCAGCAAGGAAAAUGUGUCCCUAUAAUAAUUUGACUAAAGUUUUAUAUGAUAUCUUUAGUGAUUUCAUAGGUCUAGUCAGAAGAAAUCUUUGUUUUUUUGCAGAUGUCUGACCUUAUUUUGAUUUGUCUCCCAUUGUCAUGUUCAUCUGAAGAAAUAUUUAAUAUAACAAAAUGUAGGCUGUUGCAUAUAAAUGAUGCAUGUUAAAUUCACUGGAUUUAUGACUUCUACCACUUGCUCUAACAAAUAUCAAUAUUGAUUAACCAAGCCGGCCAUGCCUGGUACGCUAGAUGACCUGUCCAUAACACCAUCUGUAAGAAGGUCCAGCAGAGACUGUACUUCAACUCAAGAAGUACAACCUUCCUCAGGAGCUCCUGAUCAUAUUCUACACUGCCAUCAUUUAGUCUGUUUUGUGCUCAUCCAGCUCUGGGUGGUUCAGCUAAUCCACGCAUUUUGACAAGUCCUAAGUGCAAUGAAUAGUUAGAUCUGUAGAGACAGUCAUCAGGACUGACCUUCCAUACAUUCACGGCCUGUACAGGUCCAGGACCAGUAAACAUAGCUGUCGACCCAACACAUCCUGGUCACAGGUUAUUCUGACUUUUAUCAUCAGGUUGGUACUGAUGGCUAAAACAAGCCGACAGAGGCAGUUUAGAUGCCAAGGCUGCAUCUUUAAUGAACACGGCCAGGGUAGGCAGCUGCUCUGCUGAGAGAAAAAAAACUUAUAUACACAUACUUACAGAUAUGUAUAUGAAAAAUACUUUCCUGUCUUUAUUGCCCUUGUUCUCAUCUUUUCUCUGUAUAAUUGUUUUAUUUUGUUGUAGUUGCUGUUAUGCUUGCUGUAACUUGUCUGCCUAUAUUUUCACGAUGCGAGAAAUGGAACCAGUAGUCAAAUUCCUUGUUUGUCCCCUAAAACUGG